AUGCCAGGUGCUUCUGGAAACUGGUCAGCCCUCUCUUUACAAUGCGGGAGUCUUUCCCAUCAUAAAAUGCAAACUAGCCAGCCGUUUUUCAUUUCCUCUAUCUGCAGCCCUCCUCCUCCGUCGCUGAACCCAGGGGCAGCUGCUUUUCUGAGCGCAGCGCCAGCGGGCUCAGGUCCAGCCGCACCUCGCAGGCAGGCUGCCGAGUUGACCAAGGGCUUUGGCCGAGGCCGAGCCGGGCUGCGGCCUCCGGGUAGCGGUAGGAGGCCGUCUAGGAAACCGCGAUGCGCUGUGUCUCGCUGUGGACGCUCGUCUUACUCCUCUUGCAGCUGCGAGGAGUUGAGGCUGGGAGUUGGCAAACCUCAUUCACCUGUCGGAAGCCGAACCCAGACAAGGAGCUCCUGGAGGCCAAGGAGCACUGAUUACUGCCGCCUCAGCCAGCGCGGUUCCCCCCGCUGGGACGCCACCGUCGGGGAGGCAGGUGUGGGGGCUGAUGUCCAAGAUCGAGGCUUCCCGACUCCGCGCCCCAGCUCCCUGCUCACCCCUUUAGUCCCACAGGCGCCAUCGGCUUGGCGUGCCCCGAGGGCCAGCUCGGGCCGACGCCAGGGCUGCGGGUUCGAGACGCUCCGCCUCCUUCUGCCAAUUAGAGCUACAAGCGCCAGCAGGAACCUUUCCACUUGGUCUUACGCUGCGGUCACUGCUGAGGUUUUCAGAACUUUGCAGGAAAGGGACAGCCAGGACCUUUGCCUCCAACCCACGCCGUGCCUGCCGGCUGCCUGGGACACCCCGAGGCCUGGGAGAUCUCUCUCUCACCGCGGCACCGACGCCCCAACUUCUCACGAACGCUCUGAGCUCCCAGACUACGCAUCGAGCUCCACUGCCAAGGGGCGCGCUAGUCAUCCGGGGGCCGAUAACGCUGUCCCUCGCUUUGCCCUCCUCCUCCCCUGAGCGAGUGUGGGCACUUGAGCGUUCUCAGCGUUUCCGGAUUCGUUCCCCGCCCCGCAGCCGACCCUUUACGAGGGAUUGAGCCCAGGGGUACUGAUCUUUUACUCUGAUAUUCGACUCGACCCCCGUUUUUUUUCUCUCCGAACCCGGGUGCCGUCCGGGAUCCGCGGGGCAAGCAGCCAGCGGAGCAAAGGGGCGCUCAAGACCGCGUCGCCCGUCGGGCGCAGGGCGCACCAUGGCCGGCUGCUGCUGCCUGUCCGCGGAGGAGAAGGAGUCCCAGCGCAUCAGCGCCGAGAUCGAGCGGCAGCUUCGCCGGGACAAGAAGGACGCGCGCCGCGAGCUAAAGCUGCUGUUGUUGGGUGAGUGGCUGAGUCUCCCCGACCCCUGAGCCCUGGGCGUUUCCCUCGCCCAGGUCCCGGCCUGGAGUAUCGGGAGCCGAGCCGGGUGCAGCGCGGCUUCCGCCUCCUCUCCCGGGACUCACGGAUGGGAGCAAGUUGUAUCCAUAGGCGCCCGUGCUUUCCACUUCCAGGUGGGCGACUUUCGAAGGCUCCCCCAUCCUUGCCCCCGAACAGGACUAGACUUAGCAUUUGACUCUGUCUGCUUUCCCCUACCUGUUCUGGUUUGCCUUUUUCUAAAGCCUCAUCCACCGCACCUCUCCUCCCCCAGCUCGAACAGCCUCUACAGAACUUUAUCUCGGAUUUUGGGGGUCGGUGAGGGGAGCUGCUUGAUCUACGUCUAGUAUUCAGCGCCAGCUCUGGUUCUUGGACUUUCAGGUCUAAAUAAGUACCGCCGAUCGAGCGCUUACCAAGUGCAGAACUGCGCUAAAUUCUUACAAGCAUCGCCGCGGGGUGCUGGAGGUAGAUAAUCCAGAUAAUUCUCUUUAAUUUAGAGAAUUAAAAACGGAGGACAGAAAAUUGACGAACUUGCCCUGACUGAGAAAAGGCAAAGCAGAUACCGGGCAGUCGUGGAUUUGAAGCCCAAGCCCUAGCCACUCUCCAGCCUGUGACCACCUCU